AUGGAUUUUUAUGUAAAGAUUGGUAAUAAUAAUUUUAAAAAAAGUGGCAUAACACUUGACCUUCCUUCUUCACGACUAAUAAAGCCUACUGAUAAGGAGUAUGAAGAAUACUUUGACUUUUUAGUUAAUGACUGGAUUAAUAUAAUUUUAAACCAUCCCAAUACCGAGUUACAACUAGUUGCUUCGUCUACAAUGAAACAAAAUCUUUUGAAAAAUAUCGUCCGUCUUCAGUUUGUUUCAUAUUCUAUACAUGGACACAUUUCUUUUGAUAGAAUGGUACCAUUUCCCGCCACACGUAUUUCUCCAAGUGUUAUGGAGUUUACUAAUGAAGAUAAUAAAGAUAAUUCCAAAAAAAUUGGUUUUGAGAACGGAUAUGGGUAUAUAGAAAAAGAUUGGGGUACUAAUUUUCCUCAGUCUUAUAUUUGGGCACAGACCAAUAAUUUCAUAAAUGAUAAAGGGUCUUCAUUAUUAGUAAGAAUUCCCUUGCGUGCUCCCGUGAAACAAUCCGGAAAAAUGACUUUAAGAGUUGAGGAAAGUUUGGAUGCUGAAAUGUCUGUAAAAUUAUGGCAUAAGCGACGAAGCCAUAAUGAGAUUGAAAAUGUUAUUUUUCAUGAUCAAUCUACCAAUGCGGGAUUGGAAGUCGUUGGUGAUAUCAU